CACGAGUCUUUGCUUUUGCAGUUGGGGGACAUACCGGGUUCAUAUAGAGAGCAAACGAAGUUAAACUCAUUACACAUACGAUAGAACGAAUCUUAAACGACAAAAGCGGGUACGACGGUCCUCGAUGGCGAUAAGAUCGCGGGGAAGAAGUGCUCUAGUAGGAGCACAAGUCUAGUGUAAGUUUAUUUCUGAUAAAAGAAUGGGAGAAUCAAUUCGGACGUUUUGCAGAUCGACUAUAAAAGUACUUUGUGUGUACUGGAUGGAUUCGAUACGCACCAGUUGACGGGAUACAGCGGGCCACCAGAUAACUGAGGCAUAUUCAAUAACAGGUCGGACUAAGGAGCAGUAAAGCAUUAUCACACAUAUUGGGUCGCGUAAUUUUCGUGUUAGCUGUGUAAAUAGACCUACUAGCUGAUUGCCUUUAGAUAUAACAUGUUCUAAAUGUUUGUCAUAUUUGAGUUUUCCAUCAAGAAAAACUUCUUGGUCCCACACACAAUCUUUACGCUCCAAAAUUCAGCUGCCUAACGUAUAGUUGCUCAAAAGAGAGUUACGAAUGAAUGUGAUAGUGGUACAUUUUUCGAUGCUAAGUUCGAGUCAGUUACUUGUUCACCACAUGAAGAAAGAGUCCAAAAUGCUUUGUAAGCGUGCUUGGUCGCUAGAAGUUUCAACUUGGAGAAACAGUGUGGUGUCAUCAGCAUACAACAGGUGACAAUUGGCGGGAAGUGCGAGUGAAAGAUCGUGCAUAUAUAAUAUGAAGAGCAGUGGUGCGAGGUUGCUUCCUUGAGGCACUAUUGAAGUUACCUUUACCUGACGAGAGGUAUGUGAGCCAGAGUAAGUGCAAUCACCAAAAUAGGAUUGCAACCUAUGGCAUGGUCGCGCUGAGAAGCCCCAAUAUAUCCUUUUUUUAGUAGGGUUGAGUGCGGGAUCGAAUCAAAUGCCGCUGUGAAGUCUGUGUAGAUUGGAUCAACUUGCAUCCCAGCAUCUAACGCGGUGUGGCAGAUGCUUACGAAUUCCAUGAGGUUAGAUGUUGUGGAUCUUUUGGGUGUGAAAUCGUGUUGAGCUGGACUUAUAUAAUUCUAAACACUGGCUAGGAGCGGUUCAUAAACGAGCAACUCGAAGACUUUAGCGCAGGCGCAGAGUUGAUACUCUAGUUUGUGUAUCACCGCGUGAUAAGAUAAUUUAUUGCAAACGAUCAAAACAGGAUGCAUAUAUUUGAUAACGUCAUUAUCAGAUUAAUCCUAUCGGUAUUUUAACAAUAGCACACACUCAUGUUAAUCAUUAUCUUCGAAUACCUACAUAAGCGUUAUCGAGGGAAAGUGCAUUCACGUAGCCGCUGUCACUUGCAUCUGCGUCUAGCCGGCCAGUUCUGCUACUAUACUUAUUCGUGGCUGGUGGGCAACUUCAGUUUAGGUUUAACAGUGCAUUUUCCGUAUCCAUAUUAUACCAAUUUGAACCAUGCAGGCACCACAAACUCAGGAUACAAAUAUUCCGGAUGUCCUACCGACCUGUCCAACGGAAGAUGGAAGUGUUAAUAGUGAGAUCGUUGAGAACCGUCCCCCAUUGUUCGUAGCCCCGCGGGGACGCAUGGCCGAUAAGCUGGCUGCUUCUGCCCCGUACAACUUUUUCUUAUCUACCGUCACAGAUUCGCAGCCGACACACACGGAACCACUAUCGGUUACCUUUCAGGAGCUGCUGGAUCCUAGCCUGGGAGAGCUGCAAUGUUCUUUGCAGCUCACUUAUAUGAUAGAUAUAAACUGGUUGCUGGAGCAGUACUCAGAUGCAGGCUACGAGCAACACCCACUGCUUAUACUGUACGGCGAUGAGUCUGAGCUGGAAACGAUAUCGGAUAAACAGCCUAACGUUACUGCUAUCAAAAUUAAAACUAAGACGGGGUUCGGAUUGCACCAUACAAAGAUGGGUCUGUACGGAUAUUGUGACGGAUCGAUGCGUGUUGUUGUUUCGACGGCCAACCUUUACGAGAACGAUUGGUACAAUCGUACCCAGGGGCUUUGGAUCAGCCCCCGUUUGCCAGCAGUGGCGGAAGGUUCCGAUCCAGCGUACGGGGAAAGUAGGACUGAUUUCCGUUCCAGCCUCCUUGAGUAUCUCGGUGCGUACAAGCUAGCGAAGCUGGAAUCGUGGAUGGCCCGUAUAGCAGAAACUGAUUUUUCCGCCAUAAAAGUAUUUCUCGUCUGUUCGCAUCCCUGCGGCGAUUAUUACAUUCCCGAUGGUCCGUUGUGGGGUCAUCCACGUUUGGGUGCUCUACUCUCUCAAUAUGCAACCCCAAUAGAUGGCACGUUCCCGCUAGUGGCCCAAAGCUCGAGCAUCGGUGAGUUCGGUAAAUCACCGCAAUUAUGGAUCCAACGUCAAAUUAUGCCCAGCUUUGGGAAGGACAAUGAGCAACAAACUAUACGCCGUUUGCCGGGUUUUCGUUUAAUUUAUCCAUCGUUGGCAAACGUACUGCAAAGCCAUGAUGACAUAUGCGCUGGAAGUUGCCUACCAUACAGGGAAGAAGUGCAUAAACAACAGAAAUGGCUGGAAAACUAUAUGUAUCAGUGGAUAAGUCGAACGCGGCAUCGAAACAAAGCGAUGCCGCAUAUCAAAACCUACUGUCGCUGGACACCGGAAGGUCUUCAGUGGUUUCUGCUCACUUCGGCCAACUUUUCCAAAUCAGCCUGGGGUAUAACUCGCUACGAUAAGCUACUGUACAUAAACAACUACGAAGCGGGCGUACUGUUUCUGCCUAAGAUUCUGCUGGACGAAGACUUUCUUCCAAUGGAACCGAAUGGCAAACAUCCCCAGUUUCCGAUGCCUUAUGAUGUGCCAAUCAUGCCGUACGCUCCGAAGGAUACUCCAUUUUUUAUAAAUUACUUAAUGUCGGAAGAAUCAGAAUCAGAAUAAUGUCACCUUUAUUAUCUGUUGUUAGUAAACCAGUUCAACUAAAUGUAUAUGCCAAAUUAUAUACGAAAUUAUUUUUUCUUGAGCUUGAGCGGAACAGUUUCAUUAUUGGUUCCAGUUCCAAUAGAACAGUUCUUUGAUCGGGACUAGUUCAUGGGUCAGAUGAAUAUAGGAGAUGAUUGCAGAAGUGGUGAACGGUACCAACAGAUAUAAAGUCUUCAUAAAACAUUUCCAAACUAGAAAUAGGUUUGAUAUGAGUUCCAUGUCUGGGAUGGACUAGUUUUUCAACUGAGAUAGUUAAAUAAUGAUAGAUCGUUCGAUUUGAUAGAUUUGCAAUCCAAGGUAGGAUUGGAGCAGAAUGUUCAUGUCCAUGUCGGAACUAUGGCCGUGGGCUGCACGGCCAAAAUGUUCAGAAUCGGAGCUAGACCGAACACAAGUAUGAUACAGGACCCGGAUCUAAAUCGAAUGGUCUGCAUAAAAAAUAAAUAAAAGCUAAAUUAACUCUUCUACAAGCUCUUCGUU